AUGUACAGAGUCCCUAGGACCUCAGUGAACACCUCUUCAGCGGAAGACUCGAACGAAACCAACAGCGGCUGCAACAAUGACGAUUCAGAUUCUGAAACCCAACAACUGUUAGAGAGUUUGUCCCAAGGGCAAACAUUAUCUUUCAGCUGCACAGACAGCCACCCGCUCUUCAAUCAAAACCACAGAAAUGCACAGCUACCCAAGAAAGGUAUCAUCAAGCUCAUCUUGAAUUUGGUAGUGCUAAGCCUAAUCGCUCCAUUUUACUUAGUGAAAAAAGCCUGCAGCACUUCAUCAAGAGAAAGCUGGUCGCAGAAAAUCGUGUCUUGGACGACCCUGUUCCUGCUGUUUUUUGGUGCUUCUUACCUGGGACUUUUUGACGGAAGUCGUUUUCAACAAUUUGGGGACAAAUGGAUUGACUUCUCCGUUUGUGAUUUCAUCCUGGGCGAAGCAGAGGAUCUAAGGUCCCUGAUAAAGGCUACCCACGUUCUAGAAAGAAAGGCACACGAAAUCCCACCUUUGAAGGAGGAGCUGGAGAAGCUGCAAUCCCAGCUGCAUGUUUUGAGCUCAGAUCUGAAGGGCAUCGCACAUCAUGCUGUCAGUGAAGUCCUCGAAAGUUAUAUCAGCAAAGGCAUUACAACAUGGAGUGUUGAAAAGAUGCUGAAAAAAUUAAUGGACAGGCUGGAUGAAGAUGAUGUUCAGAUGCCUGAUUAUGCUCUCAAAUCUGCAGGUAUUAGCAUUAAUUAUUAAGGUACCGGAGCCAGCAUCGUUCAGUCGCGGACCACCAGGAGCUACCACCAUCAGGGAGGAAAAUACUUCUGGAGGUCCUUGGUCAUGCUCCCGUUUGUGAAAUCCCCAGAUGUUAUUCUUCAGCCUGAUAAUGUGCCUGGAAAUUGCUGGUCUUUCCCUGGAAAUCAGGGGGAAACUGUUAUCCAGCUAGCCAUGGGAAUUAUCCCAACAGCUUUUACCAUCGACCACAUAUCUAAGAAAGUCUCCCCCAAUGGAGAAAUCUCCAGUGCUCCCCGAGAUUUUGCCGUUUAUGGACUAAAGGAAGAAAUGGAGCAGGAGGGAACAUUCUUGGGCCAGUUCGUGUUCAACGCUGAAGGAGAUUUAGUCCAGACUUUCCAUCCAAAGGUUAAAUCUUCUGAAUUGAUAGGCUACGUGAAACUGAAAGUGCUCAGCAACUGGGGCCACCCGAACUACACCUGCAUCUAUCGCUUCAGGGUACAUGGAGAGCCGGAGAAGAUCUAA